CACACAGACAGAAUCAGACUCACUUGGGUUCAGCUACAGACUGAUAAUCAGACAGAAACGGACGCAGCAAGUUCAGUUGACGCGCACGACGACGCGCACAGGGCUGUGUUACAGACUAGAGAGAGGAGCUGCUGGGAUUUAAAGUAUAACACUAUAAAACUCUCUGCCAUGCGUGAGGACUUGCACAGAUGACGAGUAAAAGAGUUUUCAGUGCUAAUUGAAUUCAAGCUCCGGGAUUCAUUGAGACUUUUGGAAACACCAGCGCUGAAGGCUGCAGGUAUGUAACCUGAACACUAUUGGACACGGGAGAUAUAUAAUGUUGGUAUAGAACCUGAACACUAUUGGACACGGGAGAUAUGUAAUGUUGGUAUAGAACCUGAACACUAUUGGACACGGGAGAUAUGCAAUGUUGGUAUAGAACCUGAACACCAUUGGACACGGGGACACUAUUGGACACGGGAACAUAUAUAAUGCUGGUAUAGAACCUGAACACUAUUGGACACGGGAAGAUUUGUUUGAAAGUGACACUUUUGCCAAGGUAAAUCCUCAGCACUGGACAAUGUCCCCAGGUUGUGUUUAUUCUAAAGUGCCAGCAGUGUUUUCAGCUUUACCUGCACUAUCAACACUUUUGCCAAGUUUGUAGCUAAACUUUCGUUCUUUUGCAUCCUCUAUUUAAAAUGUAGCCUCAUUUGUCUACAUUUCAUUCUCUUGGCAUGAUUCAGAGACGCAACAAACUGACAUUCCCAGUGGUUCUGUUUUGGAAACACACUUUUUCCUUUCAGAGACGAACUCACGCCUUGCCAAACUCCACUUCCCACAAAGGACAAGGAGGAUUUUUAUCUUUUUUUGAAAAGUAGCAGUAAUGAUGAGCAGCGGUCCCUCUAUCGUCUAUGAGUGGCUGAAAACCCUGCAGCUCACUCAAUAUGUCGAGUCAUUUGUGGAUAACGGCUACGACGACCUGGAGGUGUGUAAGCAGAUCGGGGAGCCUGACCUGGACGCCAUCGGUGUGUUUCCCCCACAUCACAGGCUCAAAGUUCUCAGAGCAGUGCACAGACUGAGAGAAGCAGACAAGAAGCUGGCCCCGGGUCUUUACUUCACCUUAGAGCCCCUUCCAGAUGUCUCCAGUGUCUAUGACAGUAAAGCCAGUGGGUCCUAUUGGGACCGGGAAGGACUUGAGCUGUUCAAUAACAAUAAUCUUAUGCUCGGAGAUCCUCCAGAUCCAGUGUCUUACCCGAAACUCAAGCUAAAGAUCCUGAUCCGAGAUAAGCUGAUCAAGGAUGGGAUAGACCUGAGUAAGCCCCCUUACUCAUUCAAGGAUGGCUCUCUGGGAAACAUUGAGGAUUUGUCUAAGGAGUACUCAGAGUAUUACAGUGCCGCUUACAGUGACGUGCAUGAGAGGAUGGAGGAGCUUCGCAAGCGCAAAGUGGCUCAGGACGCAGAGAUUGCAAAUACAGAGUCAAUGAUCACAUCACUUCAGCUGCGUUCAGAAAUCCAGGAGUCCCUGGGGCUGAGCAGUACUGUGUCCACUCCUGAGGUUGAGAGAAGGCUGUUGGUACAAAGGUCAGGCUCAGAAGAUGGAUCUGGAGGAAAAUGGGACCGAAAGAAAAACAAAUCCUUCUGGCAGAAUUUUCGCAAGCCCCAGAAAGGCGUUAUACGACAGACGUCAAAAGCUGAUGACCUUGGCUUUGUAGCCAGUGAGAUCACAAUGAGUGAUGAAGAACGCAUCCAGCUGAUGAUGAUGGUGAAGGAGAAGAUGAUAACUGUAGAGGAGGCCUUGGCUCGGCUAAAAGAAUAUGAGGCACAAAACCGUCAGUCAUGUACCACGGACACAACCGAGUGGACCGAUGCCUCCAGUCCCACUACUGAUGAGCUCUCGGUGAACUUUAACGAGCACUCAGAUGAUGAGCAGGAGGAGUCGCUGGGUUUACGCAGGCUUCACAAGCUGGUCAACUCGACACGGCGUGUGAAGAAGAAGCUCAUUAGAAUAGAUGAGAGCAAAAAACACACAUCAAAAGAUUCUUUGAGCUUUGACUUCUCUCCCACAUGUGAGGAAAAGGCCUCUCUCUACUCAGGCGUACAGAAGCGUCUGGUUUUGUCUCAGGGUGAUGGAAUUGCCUCUGUUCUGUGUGUGGAUGGAGACUCAGACAGUCUGACCACAUCUCCGUCCACCAGCAGCCUGGACACCUACAGCAGCCAUAAGCAGUUUAAGCCCUUUAACAGUUGCCAGGGGCUAAGCUAUCCUCCCCCAGGACCCAGAUUGGACACCUCGGUGAUGGAUGCAGGUAGCCCCUCAUCCUUUUCUGAAGCUGAGGGCUGCUGUGAGGAGGAGCCCAGGAUAACCCGCUCUGUGACUGAUGGAGAAAUGAGACGUGCCCUGAGUUCCUCUAAAUUGCAUGGGAGAGCAUGUAGCUUCGGAGGGUUUGACCUUAUGAACCAGUCUGUAAACAUGAGAAACAGCUGUAACAGCCCUAGUGAUAAUGGGACCAUCAGCAGGAGAGAUGCAGGGAGGUCACCCACACCGUCCCGCAUAUCUCUCGGGAAGAAGGUGAAGUCAGUGAAGGAGACCAUGAGGAAACGCAUAUCUAAGAAAAGUAGUGCUGUCCUGUUUGAGCAGUUGAGUCCGAGCAGAGAGCCUGAGCUACUCCAGUCCCCCCACACAGAUACGGACUCACUAGAAAAACCCAAGCUCAAGUCUGGUGGUUCUGUUGAGAGUCUGAGAAGCUCACUAAGUGGACAGAGCUCAAUGAGCGGUCAGACAGUAAGCACCACAGACUCCUCAGCAAGUAACAGAGAGAGUGUGAAGUCAGAGGAUGGUGAUGACGAGGAGUUGCCUUACAGAGGGCCGUUUUGUGGCCGAGCCCUUGUACACACCGACUUUAUCCCCAGUCCCUAUGACACAGAUUCACUCAAACUCAAGAGAGGAGAUGUUAUAGACAUAAUCAGUAAGCCUCCAAUGGGUACAUGGAUGGGCCUUCUGAAUAACAAAGUGGGCACCUUUAAGUUCAUAUAUGUAGACGUGCUGAACGACGAAGGCGAAAAGCCCAAGAGUUGCAUCAGGAAGAGAAGGAAGGGUCGGCCUCCCAAACCCAGCUCUGUGGAAGAGCUUCUAGAGCGCAUCAACCUCAAAGAGCACAUGCCCACAUUCCUGUUUAAUGGAUAUGAGGAUCUGGAAACAUUUAAGUUGCUGGAGGAGGAGGACCUGGACGAGUUGGACAUCAGAGACCCGCAGCACAGAGCAGUGUUGCUGACUGCUGUGGAGUUGCUGCAGGAGUAUGACAUUAACAGUGACCCAGAGAACGGUGGCUCCUCACUAGACCCAGAGGAGAAGGUUCAUCCAGUAAUAUCGGCUACCUCAAGAGAUUCUCCACGCGACUCUGGUUGCUAUGAGAGCAACGAGAAUCUGGAGAAUGGGAAAGCCAAAAAGACAUCUCAUUUAAGCAGGUCUUCAUCAGGCUUUGAAUCCAGUCAUCUCCCAUCUCCUGAGUAUCCCACUCCUCCUCUCAGCCAGACCAGCAGCAGGCAGGAUCCACAGUCUCUCCUGCCUCCUUUCCAGAUAACCUCCAUCAGACCUGUACACUUGGGGACAAGCCACUCCUUGCUCAGCAUAAAGUCCCUCAGUCAGAGCUAUGAUGAGCUACUUUGUGUCCCUGUACCCCAAGGCUUGUGGAAACGUUCUCUUUCAUUGGACCAUCAGAUCCUUCACAGGAAGGAGCCCUACAUCCCAGAGGUCUUGAUGUCCAUUCAAUCAGUAAAACCUAAUAUUUAUAGUCCUGAUGAACAGAAUGAAGCUAUAACAUCUCAGGCUUGUGCUAACCAAGACGAUGAAUCUGAAGAGUUAGGCACAUGUGAUGAGCUGACUUUUCCUUCUGUUGACUCCUCCACAGAUGUGGAGAGUGAGGAGGUACCUAUAGAUAGUGCUGAAACAUCUCUGCCAGAUCCUCCCUUACACUUACAUCGCACAAAACCACCAGUUCCUCCUAAACCUCUUCCACUGCCAUUUGUAAAUGACAAAGAGACAACAAACCCUGACAACAAACAUGUGUUUCAGAGUAACCCGGCAUUACACAAAUCAGACAUUUCCUCUGGUGUACCCAAGUCCAGCAAACCUCUUCUCCACAGGCUUGGAAAGAAAGUGCAACAUGUCCGACCACCUAAUCUGGAGUUACUUGUAGAAGAGAAGCUGAGCAUGGAUGGUAUAGACCUCACAGAGGAACCCUAUUCUGACAAGCAUGGCCGUUACAAAGUCCCAUUCUCCCUCAUUCAAAGAUACUCUGAAGAUUUGGACAAGCCUUUGGGGGAUAUUGCCACAGUAAUGGAUCAGACCAGAGUCCAGCUGCUUCGCAAACAGCAGCGGAUGGCAAUCCCACUGAGAGGAUUAUCAGAGAUUUGUAUAAAGCUAUAAUCCUUUGAGAUGCUGGAAUCCAGGCCUUCAUGUUGUCAGCUGUUUCACAGAUGAUUGAUCGACUGUCUGAUAAUACAGCAGCUCACCAGAGACCAGCAUCAGUCACAGCAAUGAAGGAUGAAAAUGUAAAAGGGCUGAAUGAAGGACAAAUGUUACUUACGAUCAUGAAGGAAAUCUGUACACUGUUCCUGAAACCAAUUUAUAAUUUAGCUUCUUGUUAAAAUGACUUUUUGUUUGUCACGUUAAUGCAGAUUUAGUUAGAGACAGGAAAUAUGGCACACACAAAUAUAUAUCCUGUGAGAAACAUUACAUCACUUGAAAACAUUUCUAUGAUAAACUUAUAUAACAAAAUUCUGGUUUGCACACAAGCUGCCAGCAAAAUAGCAGCAUUGCAAUUCAUUAAAGACCUGUGAAAUAUUAAGGUAGGUGAUGCUAUUAUUUAAUGUCUGCAAAUAACAUAUUUAAUGCUGAAAAGAACAAAGAAAUCAUAAAAUCUGAACAUUUAACAAUUUUUUAAUAUUCGGUACAAAUUUUUAACACUCUUAGCUGCGUCUAAUCACAGUUUGUAGUUUUAAAAUGAUAUAAAAAGAUUUUGUGAUACCACAGAUCUAUGAUAUUGUGAUGUUGCUCAGCUUUUUACAUUUUAAUAGGUUAUGAAAAAUAGUUUUGUGAAAUCAAAUACAUACAUACAUACAUCUGUUCUGAAUUUGUCGUUUUUUUUUUCAUGGUUAUAUAGAAUACAAUUAAUUCAAUAUUUGUAUUUAGCCAGCACCAGAUCAGCAUCUUAAUAACAUUUUAAAUCUUUAAAUCAGGCUAUUUGUAAACUAUAAUGUGUUGAAUGUGAUUGAUUGUGAAGUACGACUGCUGCCUUUUAAGUGUAAAUAUAUACGAUAGGAGCUCUCUAUGAUGACUCGUGAAUUUGCAUUUGUUUUAAAAUGUGUUUAGUCUCACCUUGAAAAAUGAAGAUUGUGAUUAAAGAGUCUCAAUUAUGAGUUUUUUUAGUUUAUUUUUAAAUUCUUUGAAUUUAGACUUGUAUGUAAGACUCUCGAACGAAGAAUCCAACCAUUUCCUGUGUAUUCAAUUGAAAAUGAGGGUCACAACCUUCUUUGCUACUGAAAUGUAGGGAACAGUUUUCAAAUAUAUGUAUUCAAAUAGUCCUGUUACUUUUUUGUCAAAGACAAAGGUGAGGAUGUUAUCUUUUUUCAUAUGUUUGUCACACCAUGUUGUCUGUUGUCUAAUUUCUAUAUAUUUUCUCAAAAAUUGUUUAUGAAACUAAAUAUUUAUUAUGUUUUCAUUGUUACAGGGUGAAUUCAAGGAUGCUGUCUGUAUUGUGCCAUGACCCACUUUACUCCUCUGAAAUAGCUUUAAUCCUUUGAAAUGGUCUUGUGUGUAGAUUAUACAAAUGAACUUAAAUAUCUUCUUAGGAACAACAUAAUAAAAAAAGAAAGCAAAAAACAUGGUGUUAUGAUAUA